AUGGCAAGUAAAUCAAUUGAAUGGCUCGAAAAAGCCAUUUCAGAACAAUUUAUUAAUCAAUAUAGUUAUGAAGAGUUUUCUGGGUAUCAAAUCCUUGGUGAAGGUGCAUCUGGGGAGGUACGCAAAUUUGAAUGGAAGAAUUAUAAUUUAAUGGUUGUUCAUAAAAGUUUAAAAGGAUUUACUGAAAUGGAUGAAAUGAAUGAGGAAAAAAUUAAAACACUCGUUAAAGAGCUUCGACUUAUGCAACAAAUUUGUAGUUUUCCGAAUAUUAUAAAUUUUUAUGGAGUAACUAAAGCAUUACAUAUUGAAAAACUUCAUAUGAAUGCAAAUUCUGAUGACAACUUACUUCAUAAAGUUUCAUUGCAACAAAGUCAACAAAGUGAACAAAAUGGUAGAUUGUUAAUUCAUAGACCUCCUUCAAUGUCAGAUUAUAGUUUACCUUAUGAAGGUUACAAUAUUAAUGUAAAUCCCAUUGUGAAUAAUGAUGAUUUAGUUAGAUCGAACAUUAAUUCAGUUAAGCAAAUUCAUCAAAGAAUAAAUUCGGGUAAUAAUUUAAUUAGAUCAAGAACCAGUUCAGAUAAAAGCGAAAAAGAAUCAAUGAUUGAUAUGAAUAGCAUCCAUACAAAUUCAGAUAUGAGAUCAAUGGAUGAAUCAACACUACAUCCUGAUGAGUUUUUCAUAAAUGAAACUUCAACUGACAAAUUAAUUAUCGAUAAUGGCCAAU